UUACAUGAUUCAGAAAAGGAUUGAUGUUCUUUCUCCUGGAGUGAAUGAAUGUGACCUGUAGAGCAGCUAGUCUGUCACUGCUGCUAUGAACUUUUUCCCCGGCAACCUCUGCGUCACAUGUACUCCAUGCAGGGAAAGGGAAGUCACCAGAUCACUUCUUACCCGGAGAAACCUUCCAUCAAUCAUCAACGGGCAGCAUCAAAUAUUUGCAUUCCAGGACAGAGAGCAUCUUCCUUUUCUUUGUCUCCACCAGCCAGCAACGCAAAUUUUCUUUAGGACCUCCAGGCUCCAAUCAGAAAUCUUUGCUCCAAUCCAAAGAAAAAGCAUGCUGGCACCUGUGAAGAAGUUCGCAAUCAGUCGAGAGAAUCAGACCUUCUGUGCAGAUGAUUGCCUCGGCUGUGGUAUGCUUUCUUCACUGGCCGUGUUCCGACGCAAAGCGAAGCGCAACUGCAACAUGCACAUGUUCAGUAAACCUUGGUCUGGGUGAUCUGUACAAGUCGGCUUUUCCUGAUGCUCAGAAGCUUCCGUUGUUCUCUUGUGAAGAUUUUCUGGGGCUUUAUGGUCUUUUGAGUUUGCUAGAGGCUGGAGCGAACAAAUGGAAACGCGACGCGAGUGUGUUCACGAAGAUUUGAGUGCUUCAGUGUUGUCAGGAUCACCACUUCACACAAUUAUGAAGAAACUGAUGUGCAGAAAAUUGCUCAUUAUUUCGACAACGCAUUCCUUUAAUUGGAGGUUUUGAGUCAUUCAUGAACUUACCCAUCACUCGUUUUCGCGAUUUUCUAAGAGCUCCCUUUCCCCUUUGCUCCAGAUGCAUGUAUAGGAAACAAUUGAAUCAACAGAAUAUCUGCAC